CUUUUCAUAGAGAUCUCGCACGGAAAAGAAAGAGAUUACGUCUGCCUCAGAUGGAUCGAUGACCUACAUGCCAACGUACUACAAAGUUCUCGGUCUUCCCGAAGCUCUUCGCGAUGACCCAAACCUCUCGGCGCAAACCAUUCGAAAUGCUUAUCGUCGAGCUCUUUUACAGAACCAUCCCGACAAAACGACACAGUCGGCCGUGAAAGGAGCGGACUUCUCGAUAGAUCAGAUAUCGGAGGCUUUUUCUACCUUGUCGGAUAGGAAAUCUCGGGCAGAAUAUGACAAGGGACUGCAUCAGAAAGCCUCGCAUUACGAGAGAGGGGCCAAAGGGAGAGAGGUCUUCCGCACCGGCAUCGAGACUGUGGAUCUGGACGACCUAGAAACCAACGAGGUGCAAGGCAUAUGGUACAAAAGCUGCAGGUGCGGGGAUGAAUACGGGUUCCUCAUUAGAGAGUCGGAUCUUGAAGAAGCCGCAGAGGAUGGCGAGAUCAGCGUUGGAUGUCGGGGAUGCAGUCUCUGGCUCAAGGUGCUUUUCGGGGUAAUGGAGCAGGAGGCACCAGAGAAAGUCAACGACACCUUGGGAGAUUCAGGGAAAGGGGAGGCUGAAAAAUUAUCGUCCCCCAUCUAAGUGUGUUGCCUUACACAAGACACCUCUCUUGUCUUCGUUUCCUCUUGCAGAAAGUUCCGAUACCCUGGCACUAGGAUGAACACAGCGCGAGGGACAUGAAACUCUUUUCCAGCCCAAAGGCUACAGGCCAUCAAACAAAAUAUCCAGAUGUACCGUCUUUCCUAUGGCCAGCCAAUCAGAGCUCAUAAGAGCGUUUUGGUAGCCUCAAACUUGCGGUAGAUAUCCUCUUGCAACGAGUAAACAAAUUGUUUGAACGAACACCAACAUGCCGUAGAGAAAAUUGGAGAC